AGCACUGCCAGCGGCACUUCGGCACUCUUCCUCUCCAAGCCUUUCCUUUCAACAUCAUUGAGUCGUCCUAGCGAUCCGGAAAACCACACGAAGAGAACAUCAAUACUAUGCCUCGUUUAUCCUCUUGCAUAGGAGGCUGCAUCGGCAGUGCCGGUGCUGCCAACAACCCACCCCAACCUGCCAGUGCUGCUGGCGGUGGUGGCAAUAGUGGCGGCGGUGCUGCUGAAGUAAAGGCGGAGCUGCAGCCGCAUCCAGUGAAGGAGCAGCUCCCCGGAAUUCAGUUCUGUGUCAAUAGUCCUCCUCCCUGGCCCGAAGCUGUGUUGCUGGGAUUCCAGCACUACAUCCUAACACUGGGCAUCACAGUCCUGAUUCCCAGCUUACUGGUCCCUCAGAUGGGAGGUGGCAAUGACGAGAAGGCCACGGUUAUACAGGCCCAGCUGUUCGCGUCCGGAGUCAGCACACUGUUGCAAACCCUGUUCGGGACAAGGCUUCCAUCCGUCGCAGUAGGUUCCUGUGCUUACAUGUUACCGGUCACUUCCAUCCUCCUCGGCAGCAGUUACAGAUCGAUCACUGAUCCCAAAGAGAGGUUUAAGGCGACAAUGAGGGGAGUACAAGGUGCUAUGAUCAUUGCCGGAUGUUUUCAGAUAGCCGUUGGGUUCUUAGGUUUGUGGAGGAAUGUUGCAAGGUUGCUUACCCCUCUGUCAAUUGCUCCUUUUGUAACAUGUACAGGACUUGGGCUUUACUAUCUCGGCUUCCCAAUGAUGGCAAAAUGUAUUGAAGUUGGGAUUCCAGCACUGAUUGCUAUAGUUUUCAUUUCCCAGCAUCUCCCUAGUCUUGUAGGAUUGAAGAGGCCCAUUUGCGAUCGGUAUGCCGUGCUUCUCUCAGUUCCACUAGUGUGGUUAUAUGCACAGAUCCUGACCUCGACUGGAGCAUACAAUGGCAAACCAGAGGCCACCCAGGAUAGCUGCCGAACUGAUCGUGCGGGACUGGUCAGCUCCACUCCCUGGAUUUAUGUGCCAUAUCCAUUUCAGUGGGGGAGACCGACAUUCAGUGCUGGAGAAGUGUUCGCAAUGAUGGCCGCUUCCUUGGUGACUCUGUUUGAGUCUAGCGGUGCUUUCUUCGCGGCUGCGAGAUACGGGAGUGCCACCCCUGUCCCACCUUCGGUUCUUAGCCGUGGCAUUGGGUGGCUGGGGCUCGGGGUUCUGUUCAAUGGCUUGCUUGGUUCAGUGACUGGCUCCUCUGCCUCGGUAGAGAACACGGGGCUGCUGGCAAUGACAAGAGUUGGGAGCCGAAGAGUCAUCCAAGUAUCUGCCUGUUUCAUGAUUUUCUUCUCCAUAUUUGGAAAACUUGGAGCAGUUUUCGCUUCGAUACCACUCCCAAUUGUGGCCGCUCUGUAUUGUGUAUUUUGUGGAUAUGCCGCUUCUGCAGGUCUUGGUUUCCUCCAGUUCUGUAACCUGAACAGCUUCAGGACGAAAUUCGUACUCGGGUUCUCCUUCUUUAUGGGCAUUUCAGUACCCCAAUACUUCAGAGAAUAUGUCAUGGGUCCUCAGCCUGGGCACGUACAAGGCGGCUCUAGAUGGUUCAAGGAUAUCCCAAUCAUCAUCUUCAUGUCUCACGCCACAGUGGCAGCUCUGUCUGCUCUUCUCUUGGACUGUACCCUCCAAGCCAGGACCGACUCAGCCCGAAAGGACAGCGGGACGCAUUGGUGGGAGAAGUUCAAUCUCUACUGGGCGGAUAUAAGGAGCGAUGACUUCUACGCACUUCCAUGCUGCCUCAACGAGUUCUUCCCGUCUCUUUAACCCGUGAUGAUGUUUCUUAUUAAUUCCAGUGCAAUCUCGUAUAGACUGUAAACUUACAUCAAUUAAGUGCUCGUAAUACAUACAAUACUAUAUUCUGAUUGAGAAUGACUGGAAACAUUCCGUAUCAGCAAAUUUUUCUUCCACGACCUAAUCAGUGCAGUACAUUUUCAUAAAUGACGUCAAAUUAUCUCUAACCAGCCCUUGCUGAAAGUCUUAGGCCAAUUUAGUAUCUGGUCCAGUUUCAACAAUUACUGCAGUCUACAAUAUGAGAGUCUAUCCAUAAGUACAUAAAUGUCGUUGUCGACUGGACCAUGGACAAUGGCGAGCAAAGACAACUCCUCUUGGUGGAGUCUAAUCUGUACAUAGGUGUUCAUCGAUCCAAUGGUCACCGACGGGGCACAAAGUG